CACCUUCGGCCGCUCUUUCUCCCCCACCACGGCCACCGCAAUCAUAAACCCAGAUGUAAAUUUAGCUCAAAUCCAGCGACGCCAUUAUAUAAUUAUAUAAAUAUUCAUACUUAUAUGCACUCCAACGUAAAUGGGUCUUUUCCAACUGUAUUCACGCGAUGGUGUUCUUCUCCUCACAGACCUAUUUGGGAUUUGGUAUUUGGUGACUCGGUUCGGGCGGUACAGCUUUCUCCAAAACAGGUUAUGUUUCAGUUUGGUUGCUGCGAUUUGUUCUCUAAUUAUGUGGAGAGAUUUGGGUAAGGUUUGGAAUUUGGACUGAAUUGAAGACGUGGAGGUUAAGGGUUUAAUAUUAUUUUGCUGGGGAAGAGUUUUAAUGUGUAUGUGGGCAAGAGGGAUGAGUUUCAGCUGCUUUGGAGCAUUCAACUCCUGUAAAGAGAAGACUGGGUCUCAAACAGAAGAGAUUGCUACCUACAAUGUGAGGCUCUUUUCGUAUAAUUCAUUGAGAUCAGCAACAAAGGACUUCCAUCCAUCAAACAGGAUAGGCAGAGGUGGUUUUGGAGUUGUCUAUAGGGGAGUUUUAAGGGAUGGUACUAUUGUUGCCAUCAAACGUCUGUCUACUGAAUCAACACAAGGAACCAAUGAACUUUUGACUGAGAUCAAUAUGAUUUCAAAGAUCCAUCACCUAAAUCUGGUUGAAUUGAUUGGUUGUUGCAUUGAGGGAAGCAAUCGGAUACUGGUGUAUGAAUAUCUUGAGAAUAACAGCCUGGCUCAUGCUUUACUAGGUCCAAAAGCUAAACAUGUCUCUCUGGGUUGGCCUAAGAGGACUGCUAUUUGUAUGGGUACAGCUUCUGGUCUUGCAUUUCUCCAUGAGGAAGCUGAACCUCAUAUUGUCCAUCGAGAUAUAAAAGCCAGCAAUAUACUUCUUGAUGAAAACUUCCAUCCUAAAAUAGGAGACUUUGGCCUGGCAAAACUUUUUCCAGACAAUGUCACUCACAUUAGUACUCGAGUGGCAGGAACAAUGGGAUACCUAGCCCCCGAGUAUGCAAUGUUCGGACAGCUUACAAAGAAGGCAGAUGUGUAUAGCUUCGGGGUACUUGUGCUUGAAAUUAUAAGCGGCAGAAGUAGUGGUACGACAGCAUUUGGAGAGGAUCUACUGGUUUUGGUGGAAUGGGUAUGGAGGCUGAGAGAAGAAGGUAGGCUUCUAGAGAUUGUUGAUCCCGAACUGACUGAAUAUCCUGAGGAUGAGGUGUUGCGAUUUAUCAAGGUUGCACUUUUUUGUACCCAAGAAUCUUUUACUCAAAGGCCCAGCAUGAAGCAAGUGGUGGAGAUGCUCUCCAAAGAUGUCACCCUCAACGAGAACUUACUGACAGCGCCAGGAGUGUACCGACCAGAUACAUCUCAUCGUUUGGUCGAUGGUAAUUUGCAGGAAACAUCGAACAAAGGCAAGCAAUUGAUAAAUCCUUUCGGAACUUCAACUGCUUUCAGUAGCUAUGACAGUAUGACACUGAUGCACCCUAGGUGAUGCACGUACAGCUUGCCCUUCUAGCCGGAUAUUAUUUUCUUCAACUAUAUAUGGAAGCCUGACACUGUACAAGGUAGAAUCGACCACUCUGUUGAAGCAGCGCUUCUUGUUCUAAUCUUUUUUGGCAUAGUAAAUCUUUAUAUCUGCAACAACAGUGAUUUUGAUUUUGAUCAAACUAAUCAAGAUGAUAGAAGUGGGGGCAUAGAAAAGUUAUAGUUGUCCAUAUCUCAGUUGUAUUUUGCAGUUCGUAGGAGUGAUAAUUGUGCUGUAGAAUGCCGUCCCUAACAGCCUGCUUUAUCUUUUCUUUCUUCGCUUAAAUGCAGUUCCUGGUAUUUGAGAACAAGUUUGAAAUGGCCUGUUCAUGUCAUAAAGUUCUGUAAUGCUUGUUCACAUUUUAACAUGCACCU